GUAAACCACACCAUAGAAUUGGGAGAAAAACAAUUCAUCAUAAUACGAAAGUAGAAUUUCAUUUUCUCGAUGAUGCGCUGGAAAUUGGUAAUGAAAUGGCUACUUGUUUACUGACUAGCACCUCACAACAACCAUCUUGUUUGCUAGUACACAAUAAAUCAAUCGUUGCUCCAAUAAAAACAAGUUAA